AUGUCGCAAUUUCUCAUUCAUCAGGAUUUUCAAUCCCAGGACUGGUGCACACAGCUUAUUCAAUCGCCGUCCAUCGAGACCAUACCCUGGCCUUCUCGUCCGAACCCUCUACCUGAAGACCACUCAUGUUCGUUGUUUGCCCAGACACUAAAUACGGACACUGGCGUACGCGCUGGUCACGCAAUGUGGAAGUCAGACUCCAGAGGAGAAGAUGUCGGUCAAGCACUGCUACUCGUUUCACUUGGAACCGGCAUGAACUAUUAUCCUGAGACUCUUCAUGGAGGUAUGUGUGCUGGGUUGAUUGACGAAGGAAUGGGCCUGCUCGUGUUUCGCAAAAUGGGUUGGGCUACAGGAGUAGGAUCCGACACUGUUACGGCCAGCAUUGAAAUUAAGCUCCGCGGCCGCAUUCAAACACCAGGGGUGUGCCUCAUUCGGGCAUGGGCCGAUGAGGAGGAAGCAAAAAAGAAGGGGAAGAAAUGGACAGAUAUGCGCAAACUAUGGGCCAAGGCAACGAUUGAGGACGGGCUUGGUCACAUCUUGAUGCAGGCUAGAUAUUGUGCGGCACAUCUUCUAAGUAGAUUCCAGAUAGAGGACGGAGAAACAUUGUCGGUGAUUUUAGGAGGAAGGUUUAGGGCAGGUUCGUAA